UCUCGAAGGGGGCCAGGAUUGGAACUGUGGAAGCUGUGAAGCAUGGCGGUUUAUAGCAUGCGCGUUGUACUGCUCAUCCUGGUGCUGUUCUGCAAAGAGUACACCGUGACAGGCUUGGAACUGGUAGAGCUCCGGGUGCCGACACACGUGCCUCUGGGCACGAGGCCGUCGCUGUCAUGUCGCUGGCGACUGAGUCCCACCGAUAUUUUGUACUCCGUCAAAUGGUACAAAGAUGGAAAAGAAUUCUUUAGACACGUUCCGCGCGAUGUAGAACCUAGAAGAAAAUUUUUGCUGCCUGGAGUUGACGUAGAGCAAUCAACCCACAAUGCAUCUAAUGUGACGCUGUACCCGGCUGUGCUGGAGACAGGUGGACGCUACCGGUGUGAGGUGUCAGGUGAAAGACCGCUGUUUCCGACCGUCUCUGAUUUUGCUGAUAUGAUCGUAGUAGCUCUGCCAUCCACAGGACCAGUUAUUACCGGUUCUCGACUACGAUAUCAGAUUGGGGAUCGAGUUCAAGUGAAUUGUACGUCUGGCCGGUCGCGCCCCGCUACGAGGCUCUCGUGGUACAUCAACGGUGAACCAGCUCCGCUUUCCACUGUUCUUGAGCCCGAACUUUACAAACACGAAGAUGGCUUAGAAACUACAAGUCUUGUUCUCGAUUUUAAAGCUAAGCCGAAGCACUUCAAGAAAGGAGACUUGAAGUUGAAGUGUCUCGCAACCAUCGCUACAGUGUACUGGCGUAGCAACGAAGAAAGCGUGCAAGGCGAGCGGUCGAAGGGGUAUUCCCGCUCCAAGGAGUCCCUCGAGGGCGCCUCGCGCGCCGACCGCGUGCAAGCCGCGGGCAAGUCCGGCUAUCGAGGCCGCAACGUGCCCCCUCUACCGGUGAUACUCCUAUUAGCUCUCGUUCUACAUUUUCCAACGAGAUUUCACAAAAUGUAA